UUUGUAGUUUGUCUUUCUAUCCACUUAUCAGCCAAAACCCGUUGAGUUAGUGUCCGCCUCACUUUAGCAGGCAAAUAUCAUUUCAGCGUAGUAUCUGUUACCUUUCAGUGACUGAUAAGAUGAUGAUAUGGUGUGUGAGUGAAAAUGCAUGUUUAGUAAUUAGAAUUUUGAAACACAGAAAGCAAGAGGGCGAGUGAAUAAAAGUGUGAAGGGGUCAGAAAUAGAAUUUCCAAGGAAAAACAGCGUAGACAUAUAAACAAGAUUGAGGGGAAAUGUGUAGACUAGUUUACCGACAAGUGAGAAAGAUUUUGAUAUUGGGACAGAAUUCUUCAGUGUUUUUACUAAUUUUCAAGGGAUAUGUUAGAAGUGAAAAAGAAAAGUCAACUUCACACCCUCAGUGACACAUAUACUUGACAUCUCCGCCCACUGCAUGCAUACACACUCCUACAAACCAUCUAAGACACAUAUAAUCAUGUAAAUAAUGUGUGUAAACAAUUUUUCACCUAUCCUAUCAAAUUGGUAUCAGUUAAAUCGGCGGUUUUAACUUAAUUUCUUAUCACUCAGAUAAUUUUAUGUUCAUCUCUGAUUCAACAGAUUCAAUUUGUUUAUCAAACUCGAUACAUUAUAUUCUACCGUGUGAUUCAAAUAAGCUGUGUGCUACAGAAUCUGAUCAACAGUCGAUGAUUUUCCAAAAGGCAAUGGAAUAUCAUAAUCUACAAGAUCAUCAGCACUCUAUACACAAUCCACUACCAGUUAUGUCAACCACGAAAACAAUAUCACCGAGUACAUUUUUAAGAAAUCCUUCAAGAUGUAGUCAUGGACAUGGUAAUUCAUACAGGCAGUCAUACAAAUUUAAAAUGAAUCGUAUGAAAGAUUUUUCGUCAGCAUCAUUAUCAUCAUCGCAUACACUCACAAACAAACGUAAACUAAUAAGUAAUCCUAUUCACAGAUCAAUAAAACAGAAACGCUUAUGCCGAACUCAGAUACCUUGUUUGUCAACAUCAACGGCGUCUGAAUACCAUUUAAUCACAGAAACUGAUAAAUAUUCAAUAUUGCCAAGGGAGAAGAACACUGAGGAAAAAGGGUUAUUACAAAAGUCCAUCGAAAAUCACAUAUCUACUGGUUCGAUGGUGAAAAAUACUUUAUUCACUUCCACAACUCUUAUUGAUGAUCACGUUAAAAGUAAUGGCCUAAAUAACAGUCGAGAAAUUCAAGAUGUUAGUCCCAUUCAUCAUCAUAGUUUACUAUCGAAAUUAUCAGGGAAAGCGUCAGCAUUUUCAAUUGAAUCGAUUAUUGCAAAUAGUGACCAAACUACAGACAUAACUGAUGAUGAAAUACAUUGUCAUGACAAUUCUAAGAGCUGUGAUCAUAACUUCUUAUCAUUGCAAAUUGAUGAAUGUACCAAGACAUAUUUGAAACAUUCACAGAUGUCAAAUAACUCUUAUCCUGUAGUAUUCUCAUCACCUAGUGGUUCAAUUUCUGAUAAUUCAUCGAAAUCUGAAAGGGAUUGUUCAAAAAGUCCUGAUCAUUCACAGCAGUUGAAUCCAACUCAAUCAUUUUACAAGAAUAAAUGUGAAUUCAUCCCACCUAAUGAAAACGAAAGGAAGGAGCUAACCAGUUGUUCCUUAUCGCAUAAGCAUAAUGGUAAUGAUGAUGAAAUGGGAUCAGAAAGUGAUCACAGUCCUUCAACUACAGCACCCUUGAAUCUUUCCGUAGAAAAUAAAGUUUACAAUAACAGUGAUGAAAUGCAAACAAAACUUCUUCAAUCCAUCAGUUCACUUGAAUUCAUCAAAUCUGGCAUAUUUUCAUUUCCUUUUAAUACGCAUCAAUGCUGCAAUUCAGACAGCAGUGACAAUAUAGGCAAACUUCAAAACCCCCCAUUAAUAAACAGUGAGGUUAAUACCAUAGUAACGGCAAAAGAAGUCACCCAUAAUCUCAGCAGAAACAAAAAUCCUAAAGAAAGUGAUUCAUCAGUACAGUCAGUAGUAAAUGACUGGAAAAGUCAACACUUCUCCCCUCACCACAAUAUUAGUGGUAAUCAAAGUAAAAACAGCAACAACACGGACAAUAGUUCACAGAUAAACAAAUCUCAGAACAAACGAAAUAUUGAAGUGAAUUCUGAAAGACAUAAUCGUGGUGGUCCUACACCUGUAAAAUCACGGCGAAUGAAAUACGCCAAACCUCUUAAAUAUUCACAAUUUAGCAACUGUAUCAGCCAACCUGCUAUUACUUCGGGAUCAGUGGAUAUUUAUCAAUCGAAUCCUUACAAUGCAAUGCAAUUGUCAGAUGAUAGACAUAUAAUUCAUGAUAUGAAAUUAUAUGAGAACGGAAAACUUGUUCAAGUUAAAUGUCGACUUGAAACUAAAGAAUUAUGGGAGAAAUUCAAUGAAUUAGGCACAGAAAUGAUUAUUACUAAAUCUGGUCGGCGUAUGUUUCCAGUAAUUCGUACAUCAUUCAGUGGAUUACAGCCAGAUGCUAAGUAUCUAGUUCUUAUGGAUAUUGUUCCAGUUGAUUGUAAACGUUAUCGUUAUGCAUAUCAUCGUUCAAGCUGGUUAGUAGCUGGUAAAGCAGAUCCAGAAUUGCGUUUAAGGCAUUAUGUUCAUCCAGAUUCACCGUUUACAGGUGAACAGUUAAUGCGACAAACAGUAUCAUUCGAAAAACUCAAGUUAACCAACAAUGUAUUAGACAGACAAGGUUAUAUAAUUUUAAACUCAAUGCAUAAAUAUCAACCAAGAGUUCAUUUAAUUCAGCUGUCCAAUAAUAAUAAUGAUGAUAAUGAUCAAGAUUUUGUUGAUUCGUUACUAACAGCUUCAAAAUCGCUGGACACACUACCAACAGAAAAUAUCAAAACAUUUACAUUUCAAGAGACUAUUUUUAUUGCAGUUACUGCUUAUCAGAACCAAUUAAUAACGAAACUGAAAAUUGAUUGCAAUCCAUUCGCUAAAGGGUUUCGUGAUUCUUCUCGCCUUACUGAAUUUGAAAGAGAGUCGAUGGAAACUUUAUUAGCCCAACAGGCUGUGGCAGCCUCCAUGGUUACAGGCAUACCAAAUAUGUUUGGCUUACCGUCUAUGCAUCCAUCGACAGCACAAGUAGUCGGUGCAAGCAGAAGUCAUCAUUAUCAGCAACUUUCACAGAAAGAUUUCCAUCAUGAUACAAAUCAUUAUAGGUCAGUAAAAAAUUACCCUACUGCUUGUAAAAUACCAGAUACAGUGACACUUGUACCCACAACAACAACGACAACAACAAUAGCAACUAACCCACCACCCUCAUUACCGGUUUCAACUCUACCUCAUCUACCAACCUCAUUUAAGCAACAUGUAUCAAAAUGCAUGAAUAUAAGUUACUCAGGAAAUGAAAAUGAAAGUAAACCGACUAAAAACUUCUCAGACACAAAUGAACAAACCAUACUCUCCCCAGAACACAAUGAAACCUUAUCAUCUGAUUCAAAUGAACUACUAAUGUUUUGGCACCAAAAGUUGAUUGAAAAUACUUUUGCAGCCUGUCUUAAUCAAAUUCUAUGGGACCACAGUGUUAAAAAUACAAAAAAUAAAAGUAUCGAACCUAUAACAACACCUUCAUCAUCACCAACUACCACACUAUCAUUCUCAGUACAAUCGUCAUCACCUUCAAGGUCAACAACACCAUCAUUCUCUCAUAAUUACUGUUCAAUUAUCAACGAAAAAUUCAUGAACGAUAUUAAAAGGCAACAGAUACAAUUCAAUUUAAAUCUGCAGCAGCCAAUCGAUCACAAUAUUUCCGAUUUAUCAACACUUAGUGACAGUGUUACCAAUGAUUGUAAUGAACAUUCAACCAUCCCUCUAAUCCGACAAUUAAUGUCGAAUUCCAUACCUCUCUUACAGUCAUACCAUAAUUUGUUGAACAACUCUUUAUUGGUUAAUAAACUUUCUUCGGAUGGAUUAACUAAGUGUAAUGAUCAAAAACAACUGUUUAAACCUAUGGAGACUAUCGAUAACUCGUUAUUAUUAAGUAAAGAAACAUCAGCAAGUUCAACAUCAUCAUCAUCAUCAGUAGACUGGAAAAAAUGGAAAAAUAUAAACUUAUUAAAUGCAUUUAACCAGAUAUGGAAGCUUCACUUGAACACAUUGAAUGCUGAUGAUUCUCAUAGUACCAGUGAAAAGGAACAAAUAGCUUCUAAAAUGAUAAACUAUCCUGAUAUGAAGGAUUUCGUACAGGCUGAUAAAACAGUGCUAAUAAAGAUUCCGAUGAUAACACUGACGGGUCACUUAGUCAAACUAUCUUUAACAAUUUUAUAAAAUCUUGUAACUGGAUAGAUCAAAAGAACUUUCCUUCGACUGUAAACCACUAUCACUCUAACGAAACAGACAAGAUAAUCAAACUAAGGUCAGAUUCAAUCACCUCAAUAAUCUGAAUUGUAGAUGAAACACUUCCGAAUGUUAAAUGUCACUUUAUUCUUAGUAUCGAUACCUACCUAUAUGCACAUGUUUCUAUACAGAUAUCUAAAAACUGGAGGUUUGUAUAAAUCUAACAAAAUUAUGAUGAUUUUGAGUAAGCAGUGUCACUGAAAAAAGACUUUGUCAGCAUGUUCUCAUCGAUAAAAGAUGACAUGAAAUUAAUUUCCAGUGAAUUCAGAGUUUAUCUUUUAAUCACUAAAUGAAAUCGUUUAACUCUCAUCAUCACUUCAUCUAGACCACAUCAAAUAUCACUAGAACUGUUUCUCACUGAGUUCUGCUUACGAGGUCCAAAUGUAACUAUGGCAACAUUUGUAAUUUAUUUAGUUUACAACUUUUUGCUACUGAAAUGAGAAGAAACAGUAGUAUACACUGUAUCCAUAUAUUAAUUAUUAUCAGUGUAAAUAAGGAUUUAUAGUUGUUUCGUGUGCAUAGUGCAUUUUCUUGUGAUUUACUAUAAAUUAAUUUUCAUCCACCACAUAACAAAAAAUUAUUCGCUACAUUUCCAGAUAUAAACUUUUCAAACAAUAAGAUUUGUCUAGC